AUGUUGCGGAGCGCGUCAGGGCGUGCGCGCGUCGUGCGCGCCCCCCGCGCGAGCCGCGAGGAGGACGAGGAGCCAUCGUCGCCUGUUGGGCUCCCGGGCGAGGACGAGGAUGCGCUGAAUAACGAAUUCAUCGCGAGUUUCGACCAGACCAAGUUCCUGCGCGAGCUCGACGCGUACACCGCGAGCUAUGUCCAAAACGCGCCGAAGGAGGUGCAGCCCGAGCUGGUGCUCCCUUCGCUUGACGCGCUUGCGCAGCUGCCGACCGAUGCGCCGACAGAGAUUCCGGUCGAGUUCUACGGCCAGGUCAUCCAAAUCCUCACGUUUGUGCUCGGCAGCAACCCCCCGAUGCUCGCCGAGUCGGUGCAGACGCCGCGCCACGAAGCGCAGUGGGAUCCCCCGGACUCGAACGAGCUCACGGCUGCCGACUGGGCAACGAUGCACAACGUCGUCACGCUCAUUAUGGAACACUUUGGCAGCGCAAAUCGCGCGCCGAGCACGCGCGUUUCGGAGCAGGAGCUCACGCGCCUCCUCCAAAAGCUCAUGGCCAAGCAGCAGGAGAACACGCAGCGCCAGAUCCACGCGCUGCGUGCGCUCCCGACGCCCCCGUCGUUUGCCUACACGCCAGGGUACAGCGACCAGGCGCACUUUGCCGACCUCGUCUUUCCCGACGAGGAGGACGACGACGACCCCGACUUUCAGCCACUUCACGCGCCAAGCGAGUCCGCGUGGACCCAGGCGAUGCGCGACCUUGUCGCGACCCCGCUCGCAGUCGGCGACGGGCCCAUUUCGCCGGCCAAGGCGACACGCGCCCGGAAACGCGCCGAGGCCGAGGAGCGCGGCGCUGGGCCGCUGUCGAGCGGCGCGAGUCCGAUGCCGCUACAUACCCCCCGACCGAGCGGCACGAGCGCAAUGCACGGACCGAGCCCGAGCGGUGUAUCCAGCGCCCUGCCGAACCCCCUCGCACCCCUCCCUGACCUGGACGCGUCGCUGCCCAUGUCGCUCGGCGAGCCGCUCGCGCCGCUCGAGCCUGCAUCGCCCAAGCCACGCAAGCGCGGCCGCCGCGCGAUCUAUACCGCCGAGGAGUCUGCCGAGCGCCGGCGCGAGCGGAAUCGGCAGCACAUGUACAAUAGACGCCACGGCGUCACCGCCAAGCCGCUGCCGCCCGCACUGCCCCCGCCGCCGGCGGAGCAGGACACGCUCGUGUACGAAGCCGAAAACAAGUUUCUGCGUGCCGAGAUCGAGCGGCUGCGUGCCGAAAAUGCGCGGCUUCGUGGCCGGGAAGAGAUGCGGCAGUACGCAGCGCGCAUGGGCCUGCCGGAUCUGCCGCCUGUCGAGGAAGAGGGUUGGUAG